AUGUCUGUCGCAUCUCAUCUCCACAGUGAACGAUUCAAAGUUGUUGUAUGUCGCAACCUCGGACCUGAUUUGGUUAUCUGGCCGGAAGACAGAGCCUGUGAGCGGUCAUGGUUGAUGGAGAAUAUACCUGGUGCGACCGGGGUGAUUGUGAUGCUCACGGAUAAGGUGCGGUCACUGUCUGGACCUUCUUUGAAGGUAGUAUCCACCAUGUCCGUUGGGUAUGAACACAUUGACCUCAAAGCAGUAGCGCAACGUGGUCUGAAAGUGGGAUAUACUCCCGACGUCCUGACAGAUGCAGUUGCUGAUCUGUCGGUCAUGCUCGCUCUCAUGGCUGGCCGCAAUGGCGGCGUCGGCGUGGAUCUUGUGCAAAAGGGACAGUGGCCCAAUUUCUCGUGGGCCCCUUUUAGCCUAUGCGGACCUCAACUCAGUACCACAGCCGCGUCCCCCACAAGGAAAAUCGGGUUCCUAGGCUUUGGACGCAUCGCACAAGUAACGCUCGCUCGUUUAGUUCCCUUUGGCAUCACGCACUGUUUAUAUUCCUCAAACCCAUCCUCACCUCCAAACCACGCUCGGGAUGCUGCGCUCGCAAAACAACACAACCUCCAAGCUGUCUCAAAGGUCGACAUCGAUGAACUUUCGCGGGAGAGCGACGUUCUCUUUAUACUUGCUCCUGGAGGAAGCGACACGUAUCACGUCGUGGACGAGAGGCUACUUAGGAAGAUGAAAAGGACGAGUAUCCUUGUGAAUGCGAGUCGCGGGACGUUGGUCGAUUCAGACGCUCUGGCGAAGGCUUUGAGAGAAGGAUGGAUAUGGGGUGCUGGGCUGGAUGUUGUUGAAGGAGAACCUAAUGUCGCCAUUGAUCAUCCUCUUGUCAAAGAGCCGAGAUGUGUAAUAGUGCCUCAUGUCGCAAGUGCUACGCUAGAAACUCGACGAGAAAUGGCAACUCGUGCGGCACAGAAUCUGAUUGCGGCGAUACUGGGAGGGGAGAUGCCUGCUCAGGUGAAUAUGGCCAAUGUAUAGUAAUAGUCGGUUGCAAGCUGGUCAAAUUAUUGUUAUCCACUUUUCAUCGGUGUCUACAAAUGAUUCAGGGGAUUUUGCCCACGCGAAGUCAUCCUAUGUGACUUGGAGAUGUAUCCUACAGUACGAUAGAAUCGCAAUGUGUGCUGUGUUCUGGACUUUAAA